CACAGAUAGGAUUUCCAGUGAUCAAAUAUUGAUAACCUUAAAACAAUCAUGUCGGCAGGAUCGUCUCAGCUCGAUUUGCAGGCCCACAAGAAAAGUGUUUUCGUGACACAGCUUCAUCAAAGGGAGGAUGAAGAUGAAGAAUUUCGAGCAUUUCCCAUUGUGAAAGAGUCAGGAGAUAGACUGAUAGAGACAGGUAUAAACACAUUACAGAAAACCCUUCUGCUGAAGAAAGAGGUGGAGAUAGAGCAAGUCCAGUAUGAGCUGGCGUGUAAGAGACAAGAGUUCAAGGAGAGAAUGGAUAUGUGUACUCAUCAUCAGAUUGAAGUACAGAAGAAACAGCAACAGAUGAAAGACAGAGUGGCCAAAUUUGAAAAAUUCAUUAAAGAAAAUGAAGCAAAGAGGCGAAGAGCCAUCGAGAAAUAUCAGGCUGAGGUGAAGAUGAAAGAGCAGAAAACAAAUGAAUGUGCAGCAUUACUAGAACAGCUUGAAGAGUUGAAUGACAGACACAGAUAUUUACAGAAGAAGUUAGCAAGCUAUAAGAAGUAUGAAGAUUAUCUUCUCCAGGUGAUAGAUGCCAUGCCUGAAGAUUAUAUCCCAUCCAGUGAGGACAAGCUGAAGGGUUUAAUGAUGAGGCAUCGAACUCUGAGUGACUCCAACAAAGGGCUGGUCAGCAAUCUCGUCAACACCUCAGAUGAGCUAGAGAAAUUAAAGGUAGAGCUUGAGGAAUUAAAGCAGGAACAUGAUAAAAGAAAAGUUUCCAACAACAGUGAAUUAGCUAUUUUACAAAAGAGACAGGACAGUUUUAUUCAAGACAACUACAAGAAAGAAGAAAACUUCUUAACGGGGAAAGGAGAGCUUAGGCGAAGGAGAACUGAACUGGGUGUGAUAUUAAUGGCAAUUGACAAUAUAGCAGACAAGUGUCAGAAGAGGCUUGACAUUCCACUAGACAAACUGAGCUUGGAAGAAAAAUUAGCGAAAAUAAAGGACUAUCUUUGUGAACGUGAAGAGGUGGCGAGGCUAGCUGAUCCCAACAGAGCAGGUAGCCCUUCUCCUGAUACACAGAAAACCUCCCCCCAGCGAGGGAAAAGCAGCAAAAAGGGCAAGAAAGAACCAUCAAAGGGUGUCAGAAAGCCUUCUCCGAAAGUGACAAUUACCGUCAGUGAAACUUGA